AUGAACUGUUGUGUUGUGAAGUCUGCAAUCUGGGUUUUGUUCAUAUUGUACUUGGUAUGUUUUUCUCGAGGAUUUGAUCCUGCUGAUAAGUAUUAUAUAAACUGUGGAUCAUCCACUGAUUUUACUGUGGGUAAUAGGACUUAUGUAUCUGAUAAAACAGCAUCUAAAUUCCUGUCAACCCCUCAAGAUAUAUUGGCUGAUAGCAAUUUAAAAUCUAUAACAUCAUCCAAGGAUUCACUGCUGUAUCGAACAGCUAGAGUAUUUACUGGAUCCUCUAGGUAUACGUUCUCGAUCAGCCAGAGGGGAAGGCACCGGAUCCGCCUGCACUUUUAUCCGUUUGUUUAUCAGAAUUAUGAUAUGAACACUGCUACUUUCUCUGUUUUCUUCCAAAAGAAUACACUCCUAAGCAAUUUCAACCCGAAAAACCUUUCUGUUAAAGAAUUUUCAGUCAGUAUAUCAUCUGGAGACCUUGUAGUGACUUUUACCCCUGCGAAUAGUUCAUUUGCUUAUGUCAAUGCCUUGGAAGUUUUCUCGGAACCAGAUUCCCUCAUCACCAAUGAUGCCUCGCGUCUCAAUCCACCAGGGCCAUUUAAUGGCCUGGUGACACAGGCUCUAGAGACCAUUGCAAGGGUGAACAUGGGUGGACCAUUCGUGUCCUUUGAGAACGAUACGUUGUGGAGAACUUGGGUUUCUGAUCAGAGCUUUUUGAUGCUACCAAACCUUGCCAAGAAUGUGUCCAAUAUUGCUGCUGUUAGGUAUCCUCCAGGAGGAGCAACUCCAGAUAUUGCUCCUCCUACUGUUUAUGGUACUUGCAGUAAGAUGAACUCAGAAAGUGAUCCAAAUAGCAAUUUCAACGUGACGUGGGAAUUUAGUGUGAAUUCGGGCUAUGCAUACUUCAUUCGAUUGCACUUCUGUGACAUAGUUAGUACAUCUGCCAAUCAGCUACUAUUUAAUGUUUUUAUUGAUUCCAUGCUUGCUAUUGGGGAUCUUGAACUAAGUGCCAAAACCGAUGGUCGUUUGGCCACUGCAUUAUAUAUGGAUUUUGUUACCCCAUUGAUUGAGAAAAAUAAACUACGUAUAAGUAUUGGCCCUUCUCCUCGGAGUGGUUAUCCUGAUGCCCUUCUGAAUGGAUUGGAGAUAAUGAAAAUUAAUGAUUCCACGGGCAACCUUGCUGGGGAAAUGUCUAUACCUUCCCACCCUGGCUCCAAGAGGAAUGUUGGACUAAUUGUUGGGGUGAGUGUUGGGGUGACAGUUGCUUUGGUCAUAAUUGGCAUUCUAUUCUUUGUGCACAGAAGACGGAAACGAGAAAGCUUUGGCGAUACCUGGGUUCCGAUUUCUACUGAUGGAAGAACUUCCCAUUCUAAGGGAAGUAAAUACUCAAGUGGAACAACAGUGGUUCAUAAUGAUCCCGAGGAAAAUAGUACCAUUGUUAUCGGCCACCUCUCUCCACAAAUUGGCGAAUUUAAUCAUUUGGACACUAGCAUUUCUGCUACUCAAUCUGAAAUUUCAAGUGGCGAUGAUCUGUCCGGCAUUUCAAUGAGUAAAGUUUUCUCACAACUGGUGAAGUCUGAAGGUAGAUGA